ACCAAUCUCCUUUCAAACAUUUCAAACACCUUGAUUAAUUCAAUUCCUCUCGAAGCCUCUUUAAUUUUCUAUCCCUUUUCAUGUGUCACAUUUCUAUUAUCCUAAACUAUACCAAUUAAUGGAGAGUAGUGCAAGCUCUGAACUCCCUCCUGGCUUUAGAUUUCAUCCAACUGAUGAGGAACUAAUUGUGCAUUACCUUUGUAAUCAAGCUACAUCAAAGCCAUGCCCUGCAUCUAUCAUACCAGAAGUUGAUAUCUAUAAAUUUGAUCCAUGGGAAUUGCCUGAUAAAUCUGAGUUUGAGGAAAAUGAAUGGUAUUUCUUUAGCCCAAGAGAAAGAAAGUAUCCAAAUGGGGUGAGGCCUAAUAGAGCAACUUUGUCUGGAUAUUGGAAAGCUACUGGCACAGACAAGGCAAUCAAAAGUGGAUCAAAGCAAAUUGGUGUGAAGAAAUCUUUGGUAUUUUACAAAGGUAGACCACCAAAGGGUGUCAAAACUGAUUGGAUUAUGCAUGAGUACAGAUUGAUUGGAUCACAAAAACAAACUAGCAAGCAUAUUGGAUCCAUGAGGCUAGAUGACUGGGUUCUAUGCAGGAUCUAUAAGAAGAAGCACAUGGGAAAAACAUUGCAGCAAAAAGAGGAUUAUUCAACACAUCAAUUUAAUGAUUCUAUAAUAACUAAUAAUGAUGAUGGUGAACUAGAAAUGAUGAACCUUACAAGGAGUUGUUCACUUACUUAUCUUUUGGAUAUGAAUUACUUUGGUCCAAUCUUAUCUGAUGGUUCAACUUUGGAUUUUCAAAUCAACAAUUCCAAUAUUGGAAUUGACCCCUAUGUAAAACCUCAGCCUGUUGAAAUGACCAACCAUUAUGAAGCAGAUUCACAUAGUAGCAUCACCAAUCAGCCAAUAUUUGUGAAACAAAUGCAUAAUUAUUUAGCAUAAGAAUUUAGAUACUCUAGAUAUGUCAAUAAUGUUUUAUAUCUUUUUUUAUUAAUAGGAAUCAAAUUCGGUAUCCGUGAUUUACAACA